GAGCAAGCCAAGCAGUAUAAAGUUAAAGGAAGAAUCACCUUCGACCCUGCAAAGGCUCAAGGAAACCAGAUUGGCGUCGGCGUCUACACCACACCUGGCCCAGCCGAGUGGAAGGGCAACCCAGGAGACUGGUACUGCCACAUUACCGCCCGCAAGUCAACUGUGGAUUCGAUCCCGAAAGUCUGGGUCCCCAAGCAAUACUGGUGGAAUAUCCAAGGGAUGUAUACGUGGGCGGAAAAGACGUUCACCAAGACGACCAAGAACUUCGACUUCGAUAAUGUCUUACGCCUUUCACAAAUCGGCAAUUAUGAGCCAACCAAGCAGCUACUGAUCCCGACAUACCUGCUUUCUGGAAAGGGUAUGGACUUGAAAGUCACCUGCAAGGCCAACUGGAAAGACCUUCCCUCAAUCAAACCCGUGGACUAUGCCAAAUGGCCCAAGGUCCUUGGAGCCCCUCAAUAG